AUAAGUUGGACAUGGUCGGUGAUGAGAUUACUAAAGGCCGAAUUUGGCAUUUCCAGGUUGUGUCUAUUAUUUCUUAAAAUAAUGCAAAAGUUAACAAAUUUAUGUAUCUAUGCCUCAUUAGGAAACUGAUUGAACUACAGCUAGCUAACUGGACUUUUUUUUGCAAUUUGCAUGUCAUAGAUUCUGUAUGAAUAUGGUAUAAGGAGCACCUAUCUGCAAGGCAUAAAAGAUCAAAGCAUGAUGGCAUUUGAGUAUACAUCAACAUAUGAGUAUACAUCAGCAAACGAUUCCUUAUCCUUCCAUGUGUGUUUGCAUCAAAAGAGACACAAGAUCCAGGGAUUACAAGUAUGUUGCUUAUAUAGAUUAUCAGGAUCUGAACAUAAAGACAGGUGGCCUUUGUUUAUCCAAAUCAGCAACAGAUCCAAGGAUCUUACCUGGAUAUACAACCCUAUGGUGUAUUGCAAACCCAAAGUUGAUGAAGAUGUUGCAUGGUUAAGUUAUUGGCCAAUUGGCGACACGUUAGAGGAUGGUGACGAAAUCUAUGUGCAUAUCAUGGUGCAGAGUGGAAUGAAAGUAAGCAAAUGUGGUGCCAGCCUUGUGUAUAUGGAUGAAGGUGAAGUACAGCAACAAGAAAACUUGGAAAACCCAAGGAUGCAAAUGGAAGUUAUUGGAGGAGAUCUCUCUGAAUUUCAGCUGACCACAGGAACGUACUAUCUUUGUCGCCGUGAUUUCUUCAAGUCAAAGUCCCCUGAUGAGAUACAGAGAUGGUUCGGUGAGACCUUUCCAUAUAGAGAGUUACAAGGAUGGAGAAAAUCUUAUCAGUCACAAGACUUGGAUACAUCAUGCAUGCUACUAAACCAUGUCCCAGAGCGUCAUAGAGACACCCUUUACAAAAGAAUUUGGCUGGGAUACUUUAAUAAGGAAAGUGAUAUACGCAAGAUAAAGAAGGUGGUGUCUAGCCUCGUUGGAGUUGACUAUGCUAUAUUCUUCGUAAGCUUGUUGUAUACAGAUAGAAAGAUACUAUAUGUAUUAGGCAGCGUGGAUUCUAUCGCAGUGGAAACCUGUGUGAGGAAAUUCGAAAAGACGGCAAGGAUUGUAAAUGUUAAUUACAAAGUCAAUAGUCUUCAUAAGCUCUACCACAGUGAAGUUAAGGGAAAGAUUAGCGCUUUCAUUAAAUCUUUAGAAAACAGAAAAAUUGAAUUCCCUUGUUGCUAACAUC